AUGCAAGACACGCUCAACCAGAGCACAAACUCCCUCUUCAACGCGAUGACCCGUUUUAUCGGCGCCGUGAACAACAUGGAUCAAACCGUGAUGGUGCCCAGCCUUUUGAGGGACGUGCCGCUGGAUGAAGACCGGGGGCUUGGUUCCCUUAAAUCGGACAUGGAGGACGGGGACAUGUACGGCUACUACCAGCUCUUGAAAUCCAUCCGCCAGGACAUGGAGUUGGGGGUGAGGUGCGCAUCGGCGGAGAAGCGCAAGGAGAGCAUGGUCCUGACGCGCAGCAGUUCGUCCGCGUCCACAGCGUCGUCUGCAUCUUCUGUCGCCUCGUUUUCAUCGGAGGAGGAGGAAGAGGAGGAAGAAGAUGAGGAUCUGCACGAGCAAUUUCAGUACCAUCUGACCGGAUUGCAAGGGGUACUAUCCAAACUCACCCAGUCAGCCGUUUCUCUCACAACGCGCUACAAGAAGGAGAUUGGAAUCGGAGGAUGGGGCCAGUGA